UACUGUUUAGUGUAGUACCAAAAACAGGGCACAUAACCUUCACCGGUAAGGUGGUUGAAACCUCCGUCUUCUUUCGAUGACUUCGAGGAAUAACUGAACCACCACAACGCUUUUUUAACGAUAAUAACAACAUUCAUUCACAUCGCUCUCUCUCUCUCUCUCUCUCUCUCUCUCUCUGCAUUGUUCGAUUUUCCAAAUGGCUCACCUUCUCCACACUCCUUUCCUUCCUUCUUCUUCCUCCUCCGCCGCCCUCCGCCGCAGCCCGGCCUCCUCGGGCACUCGUAGGCCUCCAGCGUCUCCCUGCGUGGUCCGCGCCAAGAUCCGGGAGAUCUUCAUGCCGGCACUGAGCUCAACCAUGACGGAGGGAAAGAUCGUGUCCUGGGUGAAAUCCAUCAUGGUUGACGAGGGCGGUGUUGCCGCCGUCGGAGCUCCAAUCGCCCUCCUCGCCGAAAACGAGGACGAGAUCGAACAAGCAAAGUCCAAAGCACAGUCACCUUCAUCGGCUUCUUCUUCUGCUUCGUCUUCUCCUGCACCUGCACCUGCGCCAGCAGUGGAGGCUCAAUCUGAUAAGGCUCCCGUUAAGGCUGCUGCUGCUGCUGCUCCGGCGGUGGCAUCCACGCAUCCGGCGUCGGAGGGAGGGAAGAGAGUGGUGGCGUCUCCGUAUGCGAAGAAGCUGGCAAAGGAGCUGAAGGUGGAGCUUGGGAGGAUUGUGGGGACUGGACCUUUGGGCAGGAUUGUAGCUAAGGAUGUUGAGGCUUUUGCAGCUUCUGGUGCUGCUGCUGCUGCGGCUGCUGCGGCUCCUGCUGCACCGGUGGCUGCGAAGAGUGGUGGUGGGGUUGAAUUGGGGAGUGUGGUGCCUUUUACGACAAUGCAGAGUGCUGUGAGUAGGAACAUGGUGGAGAGUUUGGGUGUUCCUACUUUUAGAGUUGGGUAUACUAUCACCACUGAUGCACUCGAUGCUCUCUACAAGAAGAUCAAGUCAAAGGGAGUUACUAUGACAGCAUUGCUUGCCAAGGCUACAGCACUUGCUCUGGUUAAACACCCUGUUGUUAACUCUAGUUGUAGAGAUGGUAAUAGCUUUACGUAUAAUAGCAGCAUCAACAUCGCAGUUGCUGUUGCUACUGAAGGCGGACUGAUUACUCCAGUGCUUCAGGAUGCUGAUAAGGUUGACGUCUAUACAUUGUCAAGAAAGUGGAAGGAGUUGGUUGAUAAGGCCCGGGCCAAGCAGCUCCAACCUCAUGAGUACAGCACAGGUACCUUCACUCUGUCCAACCUUGGAAUGUUUGGUGUUGAUCGCUUUGAUGCUAUUCUUCCACCUGGAACUGGAGCCAUAAUGGCUGUUGGAUCAUCACAGCCAACUGUUGUGGCUACCAAGGAUGGUCGCAUUGGCAUGAAGAACCAAAUGCAGGUCAAUGUGACAGCAGAUCAUCGCGUGAUAUAUGGUGCUGAUCUGGCUCAAUUCUUGCAAACCCUGUCACAAAUUAUUGAGGACCCUAAGGAUCUUACUUUCUAGUCCCAUUUUCCUCUUUCCAAAUGGUGCAUUUUCAUAGUAACAAGAAAAUUUCCUUUCCUGCUAUAUUAUCAAUCGUUGACAAGAAGAAAUUGAGAAGUCAAUUACUAUCCUCGGGAUUUUGCAACAGGAGCAGAGUUUUGAAUAGGGAAGUUGAGUUGUAGUUUGUUUAAUUGAGAUUUUUCAGUCUAAUGUACCAAUUUUUAUUUUCGGUUAAAUGCCAUCUGAUUAUAGAUUUUUCUUUCCUGUUUAUUACUGUCAAAUAAUGGCCAUCUGUUGUGUACACUUGAAAGUUGAAAAUUAAUUUUGAAUUUCCAGAUAAAGUGAGACUAGAUAUUGAAACUUCAUUGUGUGAAU